AUCACGUGACAGCUCAUUACGUUGCAGUCUAUUUAUACCUAGAGGAAAUAAUUCAUGUUGCGAAACUGUUAUUUUGAUGUAUUUAGACAUAAUGUAGCGUUAUAUUUGUCAAAAUAAUUCGGAUUCUGCUUUGUUGAUUAGAAUCAAAGGACAAAAUGAUGUCAUGAACGAGAAUUCACGUUAGAGAACAUGGCGGCCACUGAAAAACAGUGGUUUGUUGGUGAAGAUGGAUGUAUAUCCGUUGGAGAACCAACAAGAAGUGUAACAUACAACUCCGCCUUGAAUUCAAUUAUUGUAUCAACUAAGGAACCAUCAGUGAAGAUAUAUGAUGUAGCUUCUGGCGCUAUUCUCCAGAAAUCGAAUGUAUCGGCUCAUGGAUCUGAUGCUGUUAGAUGUAUUUAUUUACCAGAAAGCAAUAGAGUUGUGUUCUGCGAUGAAUCAUGUAUUGGAGUGCGGAGUGAUUUGAAGGGGAUGCUGUUACUGGAUACAGCUCUCCAAGCUCCAGUAAAGAAAAAUGAGGAAAAAGUGAAAGUAGAAAUCCCCCUGGCUGAGGCUACACAUUUGCUGAAGUCUUUAACAAGUGCAGAACUUCCAGGUGUAGACAAUGUUGAUGAGGUAGUCAAAGAAUUAGAAAAGGGCAUUGAGCUUACACAGGAGACAACCAAAGGCAGUUUAAAGAUCUCAAAGUGGGCCACUGUUUGUGUAGAAAUCCAGCAUUGCAUUUUAAAGAAUGUAUGUUCCAGUUUAGUAACAGAAAUGAAGAAAUUAAGUCUGUUCAACCCAGGAUUGUCUGCAGCCUCUGCUGUUAGUGAUCGUUUGUCUUACCUAUUGAACAACCAUAUGUCUGAUAGCAGUAGUUCUACAGUGGAAAGGUUACUAAUGUACAGUGAGGCAGCCAGACAGGACACCUUCAGGAAAUGGCCUCAUAUGAAUUACAAAUGGGCACUUCCAGAUCCUAUGGCACAAGCAGGAUUUUACCAUCAGCCUAAUUCUAUUGGCGAUGACAGAGCUAUGUGUUUUACUUGUAAUGUGUGUCUAGUAUGCUGGGAACCAACUGAUGAACCAUGGUCUGAACAUGAGAGACAUUCUCCAGCAUGUCCCUUUGUAAAGGGGGAGUAUACACACAAUGUUCCAUUGAGUGUGACCUAUGCUUCCCAGCCUGCAAAAAGACAUGGAGACAAGAAAGACAAGAUUGAGUGCAUCAGUAGUACAACAUCUGAUGAUUUUGUUGCAACAUCAACACUGAAUGGAAAUAUAGUUGUUUGGAAUUGUCGGCAUGUAAUGAAGAGACAUUGUCAGUUUAAUAUUGACCCAACAGAGAUCUACACCACCAUUGCUAUGAGAACUGGUACACAGAUAGAAACAGAAACAAGUACCAGCUCACCAGAAGGUGCUGAAGGUGUACAUGAAGAUGAAACAGAUGCUAUGUUAGGUGAAUACAAUGGUAAUGGAGAAACAACAGAAAUGUAUGAAAUACCAAUACAUAAUGGCGAAAAACCAGUAGAACCAACCAAGACACAGUCAAGACCAUGUGAGGACAUAAGGGUCAAGUCAGUAUGUGUGUUAAGAAAACCAUUUGAUGAAAAAGCAUUGAUUGAAAAGAGCAAUGCAUCAAAAUCAAACAAAAAAUGGAGGAGUCCACAACCAACAUUACUCUGUGGAGCCUCCCUGCGGUGUCAGAAAUUAACUCCUUUUUCUAACAAUGAAGGUAUUAAUGGGUCAUUAGAUUCUAAAACCGAAGAAGUUCAGAUUAUGAACCAAGUGAAUGAAGUUGUGAGUUGUAAUUCUAGUUCAAGAAUUAUUGAAGAGGAUGAGAACAGUAGUUGUGAAGAUGAAUUGGUUAAUACAGCCUCUUUCAUACCACACUUACUUAUGCUAGCCGUGAAGGAAACAAAAAGGAAGUCAAUCAAGUCUAAAGAUAAGAGAAUUAUACACCGUGUCAGUAGUAUGACAAACAAUAAUGUGCCUAGUUUAGGUUCUCUAACCAUGAGCCAGGACUUCUCAUUAUUAGAGCCAAUGUUUGAAACUGAUCCAGAUGUUCAGAUUGUUGGGGUCACUCCUGGUCCCUCUAUCAGCUCUCCAAAUGAAGAUCAAAUUAUUGGAUCUAGUUUUGAAACUUCAAGGAGUGAUGUGAAAAUCACUCGAAGUCAUAGUGAAAGUGCAAUCGGUAACAGUUCAUCUGGUAAAGUUUCUAGCAAAGUAAAAGCAGGAAGUAUACUGCAGUACAUAGAACUACCAAAAGAGUACCAGAGAAGUGAUCUAGAAGUGGGAUCUAUAGUCCCAACUCUUGAUAGACAACAUGUCAUAGUCAUGGUCAUUCCUAAAUCCAAAUCUGUGAUAUCUGACUGUGUAUCUUGUAAUGGUAGAACUGAAUCCACAUUAGACCUUUCCUCAGUGGGAGGUUGUAUGUUAUUGUAUAGAUAUAAGUUUGGUGAUGAGUAUGCUGUGCUGGAAGAAAGACCAGUAUUUGUUAAAUCUAUAGACAGUCUAGACAAUGCUGUAACAAAUGUCUUAGUUUUACCGUCAGAUGUGUGUGAAUCAUCAGAAGAGGAAGAUGAGGGAGGUAUACAUGUGCCAAAUUCUCAACUUUAUUCUAAAUCAUGUGACGUUCAAGGACUUAUUGUGGUAACACUAGCCAGUGGAAAGUUCUGGUUAAUGAAUGUCUGUGAUUUUGUUGUGCUGGCAGAAGUUUUACCACCUGAAAAUGAUAAAUUUAUCUCAUCAACAUACUGCUCAGGUAUAGAGAGAUUAUGUUUAAGUUCAGAGAAUGGUAAAUUACAUUUCUACCAGUUAUGUGAACAGAGUCCUGUACAGAUUGAACUCACAGCAGAUUCCCCUGAUGGUGUAUGUAAUGGGGAUAUCUUCCAUGAACCUGAGGUCAACCACAUCAAAUCAGAUAUUGAUGUCACAGACAAAGUAGACAAGAAAAGUUCUGUGUCAGACAUAUUAGCAAGACAGCCACUUAGUGUAGAAAAUUUAAUGAUACUGCACAACUUGAUACAGUUUGAAAACUUGAUGCCACGUUUUACUGCUACAGUUCCACCUUGUUGGUCAGAAAUACAACAAGAACAACAACAGAGAAGACACCCACAACAUUUACAACAACAAGGAGAGGCAACUCAGCAUACACGAACAUGGAAAUUACAACCAGACAGUAGUACCUGGGAGGAACAUAUGUUUGAGGUGGUUUUGACAAGACCCUGUUGUGUAGGACAUGUGGAUGUUAAAUUUUCCCUUCAUCCAAUGUGUACCACAUGUCCAGACAUACAAAUUACAUUACUGAAACAAAACAUCACCAGCAUAGGUCAGCGUCAGACUGGAUCUAGCGAUGUGGAUAGAGUUGUGGACUUUAAUCUGUCUCCUGGCAGUGCUAACAGUAGUACAACUAGUUUAACUAUGCCAGUGAAAGGAGAAAGUAGUGAAAAUCAUGUUCUAGAUCCCAGUUUUCUAGAGAGUCACAAUGCAGAGGUGCUGUGUGGUCCGGUUAAUAUCAGUAAUUGUUUAGAUUUGUCUGGGAACAGUGGCUUGAUAACUCUAACUAGUCCACAGUUACUUAACAGUAAACCAAAGGCAUUCCUCAUACAUAUGAAGGGGUUUCCAUCCAAAGCUGAUGAAGCUUGUGAUCAACCAAAGGAAGCUAAGAAGAAAUCUGGUUCACAGCUGUCAGCACAUAAACUAAAGAUAAUGAAGAAGGCAUUUGACAACGACUUGUUUGUGCCUCCAUCCUCUGUCAAAGAUCAACAGAGCUCUUCAUUACCUAGACCAAAGUAUCCUGAGAACCUAAAGGGCUGUGACUGGUUAUCAGAGCUUUCAGUAACCAUCAGGAAAACCAAGAAAACACAAUUAUCAAAAGAAAGAAUACAGAGGAUUUCUAUGUUAGAAAAUUGUAAAUUCCAUGACAAAUUGUUAGAUGGUAUGAGUGUGACCGAGAAGUUCAAUGGAGUCAGUUCUGACCACUGGCAGAAUAUGAUACUAGACAUAUUACUGUGGAUUAUUGCUGUACAGCUGAAUGAUCCAGAAAAGAGCAAUAUAAACAAGUCUCUGUCAUUGACAGUACAGAAAAGAUUAACAGAACUAGUGAAGUCAUGUUUUAUACAGGGUUCCAGAACAACAGCUCAUAAAUGUUCUAAAUUGGCAGCACUUUGUAUGGAACAUUGUAAAUUGUCACCAGACCAGGACCUAGCACCAGCCUUCAGUUUCAGUUUAUUAACAGCUCUGAUGGAGAACUUACAGAUGAUUCCUAGUGCCCAGUCAUCAGGAGCCAUCAGAUGGUUCUUUACAUUGUUAAACAGAGUUAAAUGUAUGGAUGUCGUGUCUGUGGCAGAGAGCUGUACAGACUUGUUGAUGCAAAUAUCUAAACACAGCUUUGAAAGGACUUCAUCUUUACAUUCUCUACUGAAGUCUAGGUAUGGUUUAUAUGGACAGCCAUUUGACAGUGAUUUAUUUGACUCAGAACUUCCUAUUUCAUUGAAGCAGACAGCACCAUCGUCAUCUUAUGCUUCAGCUGUGAGCAGUACCAUGACAGGUGUUGUCAAUAACAGUAACACUAACUCUGGGGGUUCUUACAUUGAAGAGAUUGAUUUCUACGAUCUGUUUUACCCUCCAUCAGAUAAAUCAUCUAAGGUACAACUGGAAUAUGCUAAAAAUAAUGUGUUUGGUAUGUUAGAAGUGGAACCAUUACAUUUUACCUGCCAUGCUACUAGUGAUGGGACUAAGAUGGAAAAGAUGGACCAACAAGGCAUCAGUUCAAUAGCUAACAACACUUCAAGUCUUGGAGGGACCAUUAAUUUUGGGGAAUGGAACCCCCCAUCUUCAGCUGCAGCAGCAACAGCAGCCAAUCUCUCAUCUUUAUCAUCCAAGAUGGCCGUCACAAAACAACAUUUACAAGAACUAAGCAACAAGACUUAUCCCAUGUUUAAACACAAGAUAAUGCAUAUUAAACAGAUACUGUCAGAAGUAGGGAAAAGUUUACCAACUGCUGAGAAAUAUAAUUCUGAUCAACUUCUGCCUCCUACUCCUAAAUCUACACCUCAAGUUAUUACACCACCGCUUACACCUCCAAAUGAAUAUUUCCAAAACCAAGCAGCUCUGAACAAAGCAGAUAAAUUGUUUCCUUCAAAGUCCAAUGUUGGUAUGCAGAAUGCACAGACCUUGUUACAACAACCACCAUUACAAGCUUUGGUCAUUGAAAGAAUGCAUUCAGGUGCCAGAAGAUUUGUGAUAUUAGACUUUGGUAAACCUAUAGUGUUGACAGAUGUAGUGAUACCAGCUUGUACAGAUCUAGCCUCCUUGUCUAUAGAUGUAUGGGUACAGGGAGAGGAGGUCGAUGGACAAAGAUUUGUGGUGGCCACAGAUAUUGGUGUUAAGUCAUUGAUAAUGAAUGAUAUCAUACCAACACUUGUCUGUAGAUAUUUGAAGAUUACAACCAUUGGACGAUAUGGAAGUGGGUCAGCCAGGUCAAAGAUUCCCAUUGGUUCAUUUUAUGGUCAUGGUUACAUAUUGCCAUGGGAAUGGAAUAGUUAUCUAGAACAAAGAUCAUCUGCUAGCUUGGCAUCUAGCAGUACCAGUAAUCAAGUGGAACUGACAACCCAGAGUCAGUUACUGGCACAGUUAGAUGUUUAUGUGUCCUUGUUAGAGGACAUACAGUGUCGAUAUAGCUUAGCCAGAACAAGACUGGAAAACUUACUACUCUCUGUAGAUGGUCAGCAUUAUGCUAGUUCUCAUAUACAAUACUUCCUGAAGAAAAGUCGUAAAAACAAUGAUGAAGAUAAUAAAAUCCUUCAGGCAUAUAAUGAUUGUCUACAGCUUCAGUUGCAGCAGAACUUAGCUCAGCGGGUUAUUGAUAGACUGCAAGCAGCUUUAGGUGUGAAACUACCUAAAUUGGACUGUAAAGCUAGUCUUUCAUUAAGAUUGAGGCAUGCAUGUACUGACAAGUUACGAUUUUUACAAGAACGAUUAUUGGACACUUUAUUGAGUAUGACAACAUGUACUCCGAGCAUUCCAUUACCUCCCCAAUCUUUGUAUAAUAUUCUGUGUCCGCAGACUGCUCAGACAUUGUUUAAACAUUUAUGUGUUCAUGGUAAAAAGAAGACCCAGAUUAGCGCUGGUGUUCUGUUAAUGAGAGUUUGUGGUACACAACCAUGGUGGGGAAACUUCUUUGGAAAUGUCUUACAGGAAUUUUUCCAUUCAGAAAAUCUUCAGAUAUUUCCACAAGACAGGGUAUUUGUGUUACUGGUUGCUAUGGGACAGAAGUCAUUGUCAGGGCCUUGUGCUGUAACUAUUUUAGAAAGUUUACUAGAUAUGCUAGCUAAAGUGUUAUCACCUAUAUUGACUGGGCAACCUUCUUCAAGUCAGACAGGAUUGAUAGAUUUAACCUUAGUGAGUUGGAUUUUGUUGUUUCUGUGUCGUAAUCUAGAACACACAUCACUGAACAAUGAUGACAAAGGAGCUUGUGCAAAAACAACAGGUUCUAACCUACCAAACAGAUGGAAUUUUAUCCAAGGUGAUCAUGCUAACACUGGCAGUAAAUCAAAAUCUAAAUCAGCUAAGGCAUACAGAUGGUCCAUGCAGAAACGUUUACAACAUCACAAGAAAAAGUUAAUGGAUUUAGAACAGGCACAGAAAACUUUCUUUACCUCACAAUUUGAUUCUCCAAGCAGUUCAAAUACUCUACUUAAACAACAAGAAAAACAGUUCAGGAAAGAAUUGUCACAGUAUGCUACAAAGCAUCUUAAGGAUGUAAUUCAGAUGAGAAGAAAUGAUGCAGAAGUAUUGAGGAAGCUGACGAAAUCAGGUGAUGGCAAGGGAGGAGAUGAUGAUGACAAUGGAGGAAUACUAGUGUUAUCAAAAGAGAAGACGCUAAAAGUGGUCCGAGGUCUGAUGGCACUAUUACUUAGCAUGGACUUCACCUGUAAUGUUGAUCUUUUCUUAGUCACUUGUAAAGUAUUAGCCACUGUGUGUGUAAUGACCAGACCAGCUGUCACCCUGUCAGAAGCUAUGACACAAGACCAGUUAGGAAAACUGAUACUACUGGCCUCUAACUUAGACCUCAAUUAUGGCAAUGUCAGUUGGGGAGGACCAUGGGCUGGGCAUGCUAUCACCUGUCUGUUGCAAGAUAUACUAGAUGGAGAGAGGUAUUAUCCAGCACCUACAAGCAGGCCAGAUUUACCAGGGGAUUUAGUCAAUUCUGUGGCAGAUGAAAGUUUGCCUCACAGUGUCAGUCUACCUACCAUGUCUAAUCUAGAUGAUACUGAACCAGAUCAGGAUCAAUCCAGUGGAGAAAAUAAUGAUAAUGAAUCUGAUUAUAAAACUGAAUCCACAAAGAUGAACUUUGACAAGGAAUCAUCACUCAUGGUGGACUUACUGUUGGAUGAGAGUGGUGAAUAUGACGAGGACACAUCAGCCAAACUACACGAGUAUGUUACAGGAGAGACACUCAAACCUUCUCAUGUCCCUGGACCACAUGAGAUCUAUGAAACCAGUAUUCCAACUACAUCAUUGAAUGGAACCAUAGAAGUUUCUCCAGCUAUAAACAUACCUGCUGAAGCAGAAAAGAAGAAAAACUAUUUGAAAAAAAUCUAUGCUGAAAAGGAGAGUGUUGACCACAUAAUAUCCAUGGAGAUGGGAUCUGGGAUUGGUCCACCUUAUAAACAAACGACAGCCUCACAAGGAAUGUCAACAGCUGUUGAUGCAAGAUUGGAGUUAGGUUUAGAAACACAAGCUGAACUCAAAUUGAAGGUGAUGGUAUCUUUACAUACAGAGAACGUACAGCAGUCUUUCUCCUUUGCUUUGCCUUCAAAUGUUCCUACCAAUCAACAUUUUGAUCUAUACUCUACCACUGAUGAUGAAUUGACUGAAACUAACCACUUUAUUACACAACAGGUUACUUCCCCUGAAAUGUUGAGCCAGUGUUAUGAACAUUUAUUUAGACAACUUGUACCAAACAGAAUAAAUUUAGAUGCCUUGUUACAAUUAUGGGUGACAUUAAAUUGUGACAGUGGUCAUGAUGGUGGUCAAAUAACCUUUGAUCCCACCAGAACUCCUCUGAUUCCUCUAAGUGAGACUGCAGUAGCAAACUUAUUGAAUGUUGUGGCAUUAACACCAAGUAUCCAGCUGUCAACAUGGGUACUGGUAUUCCAAACAUUGUCUUUGUUAGCCAAUCAGAAGGUGUCUACACCAUCAGGUGACAAGUCAAUGGUAGUUUCUAUGAUAGCUGACAGUAAUUUGAUAUCUGCUAUAAAGAAGUUUUUAUCUGGUACAUCAGAACAUGGUCCUUUAGCUUCAGCUGUGCAAUAUUCUCAGGUUGGACCAUCUGCUACUAAAUUUUUCUAUGAGUUUUUAAUGAGGUUAUUAAUCCGAUGUUCUCCUGACAGUCUAGGACAUCUUCAUGAAUUAAUGCUGAAGCUAGUCUAUACCUUGACAGCUGAAAGAGGAGCAAUUCAUUGUGGAUUAGGACCUUUAGAUGCUCAGUGUAAAUUCAUGGAUGUGAUUCUAGAGAUUUCCUUUGAACAAGUUGAUAUUAGUAAUGCAAUAAGUGUGAUAGAGUCUAUAAGUACAUUAGUAGAUCAACAUUUAAUGUCUCAGGAGCGAGUGACUUGCAGGAGUUCUUCUGAGAACAGUAUCAAUGCUAGAUCAUGCUUUGGUGGAUUGUUUGCAAGUUUACUAAGGGGAGGUGACUCUAAAACAGCCAUGGGAGAUUCUAGUCGGGAUUUGCUCAUGUGCAGUUUACUGAAACUUGUUAAUAGUUUGAUUCAAAUCAAAUUAGGGUCGAGAAAUAAUCAAGUGACAACAUUAACUCAUGAUGCUGUAUCAGACCCACAUACUCCAACGAACAUUAGUCUAUCAGAACCGGUGACAGAUUCUACUAAAUUAUCUCAGGCUCUAGCGACUUCUACUCCAGUUGUUUCUAUCACAACCUCAACACCUAUGCUUACUAUGUGUGACGAUGACAAAAGUCAACAAACAGAUGAACAGAAAACAGAAACUCGGAACAAUGCACCAGUAGAACCCAUGUUUACUUAUCUGACUGAUAUAAUUCUAGGGCAUAGACAUAUUAUGAACAAUCUGAUUCAAGCUCUCAGCUAUUGUAACAGUAAUACAAUGGCAGCAAUUUUAGGUAGUAGGGAAAUUUCUAGUCAUAUGCAAGAGACCUUCACAGGUGGUGACCCUAUAUCUGUAGGAGAUGGAAUUUAUCAGAUACUAGUGACGUUAUCUAGACAUUGUUCUGACCAGAAGUUAGUGUUGGAAUCGUUACUACAAUACAUGUCUGGUAGCUACUUAGGUCUUGCUGCUGGGUCAUUAUGUAGACUGUCAGAACCAUUGUUAUGGUUUGCUCUAAAAGUGUUAGAUUCAACAAAAGCUGUUCGUUUGUUUCUUGAUAUGAAUGGUAUAGAAGUGAUUUGUCAGAAUCUAGUCAACACAAACAGUCGUAUCAUCAAUACCUCUCCCAGCCUGAUCUCAACUAUAAUGCAAAAUCUGAAUGGUAAAACAAGAGACAAACGCUCAGAUUCAGAUUCUGCAGAUGGACUUCAAAACUUUGCACCAUUUGGUUCAGUAAGUUCAAGUAGUCCCACUGCUAGCCCAGCUGAGGUAUUAAUCCAGGCAGCACCUCCACACAGAAGAGCUCGUUCUGCAGCAUGGUCUUACCAUUUCUAUCCAGAUGAAGCAUGGGUUGAUUUAACAGUACAAUUACCUUUUGCAAUUUUACUGAGUGAAGUACAAAUCCAGCCUCAUAGUGCUUCUCUUACAACAUGCCCAGCUUAUGUUUCUCUUGAGAUCAGCCAUGAUGGAGUGACUAACACACCACAGUGUCAGCCAUUGAUGACCAGUAGUCUUGCCUUCAUCAAGUUACAACUCCAGAGACCACAGAUAGCUACAACACUAACGAUCAGACUACAUAAGGCUAGAGACUCCAUGACUAUUGGUCUAUCUCAGCUUAUGUUGAUGGGUUACAGUGCAUUUGGUUAUACGGGUAGUUCUACACAGAACAUAUUGUUACCAACGGUGGACUUCAUUUCUCAAUCAAGUGUACGAUGGAUUAGACUUCUGCACCAUUGUUUGACAGCCCACAAAGAAGUGGAAGAAUUAGUUGCAGCAGCAGCAGCCACAACGUCCAGUCUACUGACCACUUGUUCUGCCCUUUUGGUAUCUCCUGUGUCAGCUUCAUCAGUAUACUACUAUAACAUAGAGGCUGUAUUACUCAAGUUAGGGCUCCACUCAUUACAGAUGGGACUAGUUUUGAUUGAUAAUAUACUAAGGAGUCCAAGUGUUCAACAACAGAGAGAUCUGAGGACUCCAUUUAUGGGUAAAGUGAGUGGUUUAGCUAAUGAUUCUACAGUAGAACUACUUUAUCAGCUUGGCAUUACUCAGGAUCCGGGCACUAGUAAGAGAGUUCAGGCAUUAUUGAAUUGGUUAGGAGACAGUGCAAGGGUUGCUUUACAGAAAACAGCUUUCUCUAGUGAUGGUUACAGUAGAAUUCCUCAUCAUACAACAUUCAUGUCACUACCUAGCCCAGCACCAACACACAUACAUUGUGUAGCUGUUAUACUGUGGCAAAGUCAUCAGCUACCAUUAGAAUAUAAUCUCAAUGCUCUAAUUACUAAAGAUUUAAUCAGUUCUUUGUAUGAAUGGUCCAUAACAUUAACAGCAGAAUCUACAUUGAAGAAGGCAGUGGAUGAUGUUUUAUGUUCUAGUUGUCAUAUAAGUCCAGAAUUCUUUACCCAGAUUCUAACAUGGGUCGGGAUCAGUUUUACUGUAGAAAGGAAUGGUUUUUCAGAAUCAGUAACUGAUGAUAUUAAGGAUAGUUCCCAUCUCCAUAGAGAAUCAAUGACAGACGAUAGUAAAGAAGCCAAUAGCCAUAACAUACAAACAGUUAUACAUGAAAAUCAUUAUAUGGAUCUCCCAUCAAUAUAUCUAAAAGAAUUCAGACAUAUAAGUUUAGAAGAGACACAUUUAACUACAUUAGCUAAUACAUGUAAAUCACCUGUUGCUAUAAGACAGUUAUUAGACUCUGGUUUCCCAGCAGUGUUGGCACAAGGUCUAUUUGAAUUCUGUAACAAGAUGAUAUCGAGAUUUUCAGAUAACUGUGUUAGUAUGGAAGGUCUGACUGACACCAGUAAAACCAUGAGUGACGAGUCUGCAUCUGCUAAUGCCUCUACAAGUCGUAGUUCAUCUGGUACUAGUCAAGACAAAUCAUUGUGGAUAACUGCAGAUUUAGUUGGUGCUGUUCUACACUUCUUUGCUGAACUGUCCACUGAGCCUUUGAUGAAAGAUUGGUUAGGGGAGGCUGAAGGCAACAUCUUUUGGCCCUCAUUACUGACAUUGUUAUGUAAUGCUCCUGUACAAACUGCCACUGUAGCUCAACAAGCAGGAAAUAAGUCUGAGCCAAUGUCAGUAGAAGAUAGGACGUCAAUAGAAACAUCUGCUGUACAGUUCUUUAAUCAUGUGAUCUCUUCUCAUCUAGUCAAUCAGUUAUUGUUUGCUAAAGUCAUGUGUGAAGUCAUCAAAGAACAAUCCAUAGGUCCUAAAAAUGGGCCAACAAGUAAUAACUUUCCUCUGUCAGGGUUUGCUAGAUGUUUAUUUCUACAAGUUCUACUAGAGGAUGAAAAGAUUCUAGUGUCAUUGAAAUUAGAAAAUCAACAACAGAAAAUCCAGACUUGUAAGAAUGCCAUGCCGAUGGAACAUCCUAAGCUGUGUGGUGGUAGGAGUUGUCAAUGUAUGAUGGUUAGUCUACAUACAACAUGUUCACAACUGCUGAACAAAUUAUCAGAAUCGUAUUCUUUGCCAGGCCAUUUUAUAGACAAACCCUCAGAGAAACCAUCAGAUGAUGCUAAGAAAGAUUUUGGUAACAUUACUUCUGAAUUUACAGAUAUCUCCAGCACUGUUGUUUCAGGUCUGAUUGCUAAAGAAAAGCGUGAGAAAGAUGAUAAACUAUGCAAUAAAGGUCUUCCUCCUCGCCCUCCAACACGGAGGAGAAGAUAUACUGCUGACACUGUUAGUUCACAACUACAGCCUCCAAACUUUACAUUGUAUCAUCCAUUAUUACCAAAUAAACCACUGCCAGGAGAUUUAACCUUGUCCCAGUUACUACAAGUUUUACAUUUGAGAGGAUUACAGCAUGGCAGUAGUUUACUGGAGUUUACUGUCAAGUUAGAAAGUAAAAAAGUUACUGAGCAAAGCUGUAACCAGCCAGAUGAUUGGACAGAAACUGAUGAGGAGGAACAUGAAAUGUCACAUACCUUGUUAUUGACGACACCUAGUUUUCCAUCAGCACUACAGAUCUUUGCUAGUGUAGGCGGUCUAGCUCUGCUGGCAGAACACCUGCCGUUGUUGUAUGACCCUGAGCUAACUAGACAGCCAACAUCCCAGGAGGGUAGCACACAGUCCAGUAAAUCUGUAUCUAAUACCAUGGGUGUGGAUGAUUGGGUAACAGUGGAACCAUUCCCAGAGGAAUUCUAUGAGUUAUAUGAGCCAAUUUCACCUGCUCCAACAGUACCAAGGGCAGCUAACUCCUCCUUAGCCUUCCCAACAAUACCACCUCAUUCAUUGAUAGCAUUUGGUUUGUUCUUACGACUACCAGGGUAUGCUGAAGUACUACUUAAAGAGAGGAAGAAAGCUCAGUGUCUGUUACGUCUUGUAUUAGGAGUCACAGAUGAUGGAGAUGGAGGACAUAUAUUGACAUCCUCCAUAGCCAGUUCACUACCAACUCUGCCUUUCUUGGUGUUGAAGUCUCUGUAUGAUAGUAUGCCUCUGACAACAGAUGAUGGGGUAUUGUUGAGGAGAAUGUCACUAGAGAUAUGGGCAUUACAUCUAAUAUUAGCCUGUCUAUCUGUUCUGAGUCACCAUUUACCCAGAGUAUCAAUGCCAGGCUUCCAGCAAGAGGCUCAGAUGAUAUUGACAGCUAUGCAGACAGCUACAACAACUACUACCACUACAGCCCCUGCCCAGACAGAGGAGAAAUCCCAACAGUACUGGGCCAAGGGUACUGGGUUUGGUACAGGAUCAACAACCUCUAGCUGGGAUGCUGAACAGGCUUUACUUAGACAGAAACAAGAGGAAGAACAUGUGGCUUGUUUGUUGCAGGUGUUAGCUAGCUAUGUGAACCCAGGUGGAGAGGUUCCAACAGAAUUUGAUAGUACUAGCUACUCUUGUCCGUCAGAGAAAAUGUUGCUCCCCGACAUGAUACCAGAACUAUUAAGUCAGUCCUGUCUGAUCCCAGCUAUUUCAUCGUACUUACGGAAUGACUCUGUAUUAGAUAUGGCACGACACAUCCCUAUGUACAGAUCUUUGUUAGAAUUAUUGAGAGGAAUAGCAGUAUGUCCUGCCCUGGUACCCCUGUUGCUGCCUUUAGAUAAAGACAAUAACCAGGAUACAGCAGCAUCCAUAGGAUUGUUACUGGAGAAAAUGAGGAAAUGUGUUGAUACAUAUGCUAGUAGAUUAAAAUCAAACAAAGGUAAAAAUGGGUCAAAUGGUCAUGAGACAAUAACAAGUAGUGUGGUCCAUAAUGUGAUAUCUACCGAGGAGGAGGAAGAGAACGAGGGUCUGGCAUUACUGAUACCUAAUAUACAAGAAACAGCCAGGAUUGUUAAAAUAGCUACUGAUAGAUUACAACAAGAAUCAGGUGCAGAUCAUAGUAAGAGUGAAGAUAUGGAGGCUGGUAACAAUUCACUUGCACUUAAACACAAUACUGAUGAGAAAUAUAUGGCAGUUAUGAAACCAUUACAGUUCGAUGUGUUCCAAAUCGUAGAAGAUGAAGGUAAUGGUAUCAAGUUUAACUGUCGACAUCAUUAUGAGAACAAUGUCAGGACUGCAGGUGACAACAGUAAUCCUGCACGUACUCGACGACUUGCUCAGGAGGCAGUAACUCUAUCUACCUCAUUACCUCUGUCAGCAGGCAGUAGUGUAUUUGUACGAUGUGAUGAAGAACGACUGGAUAUUAUGAAGGUGUUAAUAACAGGACCAUCAGAAACACCCUAUGCUAAUGGUUGUUUUGAAUUUGAUGUCUAUUUCCCUCAGGAUUAUCCUAAUUCACCACCCUUUAUAAACCUGGCAACAACAGGGAAUCAUACUGUUAGAUUUAAUCCUAAUUUAUAUAAUGAUGGAAAGGUAUGCUUAAGUGUGUUAAAUACAUGGCAUGGCAGACCAGAGGAAAAAUGGAAUUCCCAAACAUCUAGUUUCCUACAGGUGCUUGUAUCAAUACAGUCUUUAAUUCUUGUUUCUGAACCUUAUUUUAAUGAACCUGGAUAUGAAAGAUCUCGUGGAACACCGUCAGGGACUGCUAACUCCAGAGAAUAUGAUGCCAACAUUAGACAGGCUACAGUCAAAUGGGCCAUGUUAGAGCAACUCAAAAACCCAUGUCCAAGUUUAAAGGAUAUUAUACAGAGACAUUUCUGGAUCAAAAGGAAAGAAAUAUUAAAACAAUGUGAGGACUGGAUAACAGAAAUGGAGGGAUACAGUACUGAUAAAAGGACGGGUAGAACUAUAGCUCACAGUACAAUGGCUCUCAAGAGACAUUAUAAUCAAUUAAGAGAAGAAUUAGCAAAAAUGAAACCUCCUGAAGAUUUAGAGGAAGAAUCAGAAAUUGAUUUCCAGGAGAGAAUCUAUUCGACCGAGUCUUCUAUGAGUACGUCUUUAUGUGAUAUGCCAGGAUCUUCUAUACCCAACGAUGGCAGCAUAAUGGAUUCUAAUUCUAAUACUAUUGUUGAAGAUGUUGUGGAAAUUUUAUGAUAAUUACUGAACAAUAGUCAAUUUAACCUAAUAUUGAUGCCAAAUUUGUUUUCUGUGAUUCAUUGGUAUGGUAUAUAGUAAAUUGUUGUUCAUAUUUUAUACUUCUUCGAUUUAAAAAAUAGAGUGUAUCAAUGUCAUUAUUUAAAUUAUAUAGACAAUAUGAGUGUGGCAUUGUCAUUAUUUAUAUAUGUUAGAUAAUAUAAGUGUGCUGACGCCACCUAUCAUAAAGGAUUUUCAAAACAUUGUUUUUCAGGUAGCAAACUUUCAUAUGUAGUCUCAAUAACAGUGCAUAAAAAAUGCUUGAACUAUUUAUUAAAAGCUGGAUUUUAUUGAUUGUUACUGCUUUUCAAGAAAAGUUUAUCAUUAUUUUUACAUUGCAAAAGAUUAUUUGCAGAUUGUAAUAUUUUGAUCAUUAUGAAUAUUGUUGAUAGUGUUUCAUAUUUGUUUUGGUAAAAAAAUGAUUUAUAUAUAUAUAGUGUAUAUUUUAAAUCCUCCAUGAUCUUCAUAAUGCAUUUUUGAAACCUUAAACAAGUUAAAAGUAUCAUAUAUAAACUUGUAAAAAUUUAAUCAUUAAGCUAUCAGUACAUUUAUAAUUCGUCAUUAAGAUCGUCUACUAUUUACUGUUAAGUAACUUUGAUUUUUCUGAUAUUAAACACACAUGGGGGAAAUCAAAUAUGUACAGCUUUUAAAAAAAGUUGAAAUUUAAUAAUUAAUAAUAAUUAUAAUAUCAUAAUGGCAAGGGAAAAUUUUAAAAGUGUGAGUGCUGAUGUAGAAAUACAAUACACAUAGUAGAAAAUAAUAAGAUAAUUAAAUUUAAGUGUUCACUUUCUUUAACAUUGAGAGGAACUAGUUGCUUACAAGUUAAUUACACAUCUGUAUAUUGAGCGUGCAAUCAGUUAAACAAUUUAAUAGUUAUUUAGUAUAUUCAUUUGGGUAUUGUUUCAAUUAGUUAAGUGCUUUGGGACUUUUUAAAGUGCUAAAAGAGAGUUUUGUUAUAAUUGUAUAUAAUUGGAUAUUUAAUUAUUGUUUUCAUUAAAUGUUUACCUUAGAAAAUUUGAAUUAAGUAUGUUCUGCCAACAAAACUUAUACCAAUUAUUUAUUGGAGCAGUCACUCAAAUUCAUACUAAAAGUUUGAGUUGUGAAACAGAUGUUCUAUUAAUAAUUGAUAAAUCACAACAUAGCAACAUAUUGAAUUAUUAAUUGAAAAUUGAUUAAAGAGAUAAAUUUACAUAGUUUGAAUUACAUAUACAUAAUUUGUGAAAUGCAAUCCUAAAAAUUAAUGUCCAUAUGUUCUAUGUGAUAGAUAAUUAAUUGUUUUAUUUAUGUAUAGUUGGUCAGACAUUGAAUUAACCUUAUCAUUUAUCUUAGAAUUUUUUGUGUAUUCUUGAGUAUGUAUGUUAUUGGUCAUUUGUUGGUGAAUUCUUAUUUGUUGAUGAUUUAUAGUUUUGUGAUUGAAAUAUAGUUCAGCUUUUUUUUUCAUGUUAACUAGUUCUAUAAAAUGUUUCAUCGUACGUUUUUUGUGAAUUUUACAUUGAUGCACAUUCUUUAUUGUUUUGUGAUGUUAGAAGAUGUUCACAUGUUGAAAUAAUUUGGUUUGUUGAAUUGUUAUUUGUAAAUAUGUAUGCAUUUUUACAAUUCAUAAAUGUUAAAAUUGUGUACAAUAUUGUAAUAUGUGUACAAGAAUGUGCAUGGAAAGAGAAUUAAAUCGAUUAAAUACUAUUUUUUAACAACAUAUAAUUCAACAUUUCAGUCUUAAACUUGGAUUUGUUUCACAUUGAAGAAUACAAUAAACAAAGUCUGUAUUCAGAAUUUUUACCAUGUGUUCCCAUUUGCACAAUUUCCAUUUUGUACUUUAAUUUGUACAUGUACUAUAAUUAAACUUGUGCAUGAAAUAUAUCUAAGAAUUUCUUAUUGUACAGCAUUUGUAUAUUUAUCUUAUACAUCCCCCUUGUUUUAUGUUGCUGUUGCUGUAUGGACAAAAUCUAAAUAUUGAGAAUACCAGCUGAUUCCUUCUGAUUUAUUGUAAGGAAUUCUAUAGGAUGUAUAUAAUCAACCAGUGUUUUAGACUGGAACCUUGUUGUGUGAACAUUUCCUUUGAUUUAUUUUUUGUCCUUUAUCAGGCUUGUAUGUCAAAGAUGAGAACAUCUCUAUUAAAAUAUGAAAUUAUCA